UGUUUAAUUAUCGUGAAAUUGAAUAUUUUGACCACAUAGGUAUGUGGAAGUGAUGAUGCAUGUUGUGACUCACUUGUUUCCGGAUUGUCUUCGAGUACGGAGAGGUUUUGGAACUUAGAGUAAUGGCUUCCAAAGAAGAAGACGGUGAAGAAGACAUCGAAAACAUUGAGGUCCCUGAAUCUGUUGCAGGUCAAGAAAGUGAAAGUCCAUUACUGGACGAUAUAACGCAGUUAGAAGGAUUUCGGGGACGGUGCCAGACAGACACGGGAGUCAUUGUGAGGUUGAGGAAGAAUCCACGGCUCCAGAAGAACCAUAGAUCUAAAGUCGUGACCCUGCUACUGAACAACCAUGAUCUGGAGCAGGAUCUACAGGGUGAUAUCCGGAGUAAACUGCCCAGUGUCCGGAUCAGGAGGUUCACGUCAUCCAGGUCCAUCAAGGACCGGCGGAGGGACCUACACAGGAUCAGCGAGGGCCGAUACGUCAGACCCCGACCCUUCUGGGAGAGAUACGAGGACCUGAAAAACAGGAAUAGAGUGUCCUUUAGAAAUGUGGCUAGGGCAGUCAAAGUGUCAACCUUGGAGAGAAUAGAAAUACAAGCAAGGAAAUGGCACAAAUGGAGGAUGAUGUUCAAGGACAUUCGUCAAUCCGUGACCUUGUUCCACGGAACUCUCAGACAAAUCGAGGGUCGGUAUGGAAUGGCCAUCAUGACCUACUUUCGCUUUGUGAAAUGGCUGAUGUUCCUGAAUUUUUACAUCAUGGUCAUCAUGUUCACAAUCCUAGUGAUUCCUUAUGCUGCCCUCAAUUCCUCAAGUUUUGAUCUUUAUGUGAGGAACAUUACUUCUCCAGAACUUAAUGUCACAAGUGAGGAGUAUACAAUGAUAAUGCGGACAGUGAACUGUACCCAGCAGUACAUUAAACAUAUAGACAAAAUACAUGGGCCUUCACAUUCAAAGGCUACUUUAUUUCUGGAUCUCAUACAAGGCACGGGUUUUAUGGAGAGAUCGAUCAUGUUCUAUGGAGCUUAUAAAAACAGGACCCGUACAGACAAUGGUCAGGAGGUGGUGUAUAAUGUAGGAGUAGCCUACCUCUGCAGCGUCUUCUUCAGCCUUCUCCUCAGUUUUAUCCUAAUCAUCAAAAAUUCUGCCAAAAACAUGAAAGCCUCCCAUGGUGUAGAGAAGUCCGUGGCACAGUUUACCAAUAAAGUGUUUGGUGGCUGGGACUACUGCAUUAAAGAGGUCAAGGCAGCCAGUCAUAAAAGGAACGUCAUUGGAGUCGCAUUAGUGGCUGACCUAGCAGACCAGGAGCGUACAAAGCGGCUUGGUCUCCGUACAUUGGUGGACUGGUUAGAGGUGUGGGGGAUGAGAAUCGUUAUCAAUAUCCUGGUGGUCAUUCUCCUGUGUGGAUCCCUGGCUCUGAUUGGACUCACCACAUCUAAGAUGAUAGAUGAAAGUGAUGGAGAAGGUUCAAGUGCAGCUUCUAACCUGUUCUUCCAGUUUGUUCCUCAUCUAACAAUUAAUUUGCUGAACUUGGUUGUGCCUCGAGUCUUUCAGAAGCUUGUGAUAUUUGAAGAGUACACACAUGAAUUUCAAAUUAAAAUUACACUCUUUAGGAGUAUCCUUCUUCGGUUAGCCUCUCCAGUAGCAUUGAUGGUUAUGCUGUACCAUAAGUUGUUGUUGGAAGAUGAUAAACAGAAAAUUUGUGGAAACAUUCAAUGGACAGAGGAUGAUGACCCAAACUCAGUCAGGGUAGGUGCAUAA